AUGUCCAUGGCCCCCGUCACGCUUGGAGAAGAACCAGGGACUUCCAGCUAUAUUCAUCCGGAUCGUAGAUAUGGACAAGUGAGCGGAGCGGCGCCUGAAGCUCCCGCUGCCGAGGCAAAGAAGAAAAUAAAGCCCGAAUCGCAAAAGAAGAGAGACAAGAAGAAGACUGAGAAGAGAAAGAAGCUCGAAAAAGCAAAGAAAGCCGCUGCCCCCAAGAACAAGGAGUGGAAGCCAGACCCUGUCCUCGAAGCUCUCAAGCAAGCAACCGGGCCUCGCAAGCCAGAUGCCGUGGCGCCCCAUGGAUCCAGUCUGGAGGAGAAGGGUGAUCAGAAAGAGCAGGAAUCAAAGGUCGUCUUGAAUGAGAAAGAACAAAGGCUGAAGGAGAAACGGGAGAAACGAGAGAAACGCGAAAGAAAAGAGCAGAGAAGGGCAAAGAGAGAAGCUACGAGGGCGGCCCGGGAGGCGUCGAGUGGUUCCAGUGAAGAAUCAACAGACGAAGCUAUAGACGUCGACGGAGUACCACCAGAGGUUCAGGAUGACGAAGAAACACCCUCUCGUAAAAAAUCAGCAUCUCCUCCUCUUGAAGCAUUCCCUCUUCCUCGUUCGGCCCCGGCUCCUGAUAGCCAAAUUUUGGCUCGCCAAGGUUUGCCGAAAGGCUUGGAAGAUGCCACGUUUGUGGAGCAAUCCCUAUCUGUCGGCGUGGGAGAGCUAGUAGUGGAGGGCAAGCAGGAAGCGCUGAGUGAGAACAUGAAGAAGCGUCUGAAGGAAACGGGCGUGAAAGACUUCUUUGCUGUCCAAGCUGCUAUACUCCCCAAGCUCCUACCGCUGCGACUGGUCCCUCUGCCAUACUCGUCUCUCUCCGACUAUCUCAUAUCGGCUCCGACAGGCUCCGGUAAAACCUUGGCCUACGCCGUCCCUAUCAUUGAAAUACUCUCUCGUCGGACGGUCACCAAGUUGAGAGCGUUGAUUGUUUUGCCUACUCGAGAUUUAGUCAUGCAGGUGCGGGACACUAUGGAGGCUCUUGCCAAAGGGACGGGAUUGUCGAUCGGUGUCGUCACAGGACAUCAUUCUUUUGUCCAGGAACGCAAGCUGCUCACAGCCGAUCUAGACACCAAACUUCUAGGUGGCUCUUCAAAAGUUGACAUUCUCAUUGCGACCCCCGGUAGACUGAUGGACCACCUCGCUUCAACCCCCAACUUCACUCUCCAACACCUCCGCUUCAUGGUGAUUGACGAAGCGGAUCGCCUGCUGAACCAAAGCUUCCAAAAUUGGCUCUCUCAGGUACUUGCCUACACGCGACCCACGUCCCAGCCAGAAGAUGAGACCGUUUCCAGACAAGUCUGUGACACCAUCUCGCCAGCUUGGAUGGAGAGCUUUCAUCUGGAAGACAGAAGUAGUGAAUGGUGCGACCCUCUACCAUCUACCUGCCAGAAGCUUUUGUUCUCGGCCACUCUCACCAGAGAUCCUUCGAAAGUCGCCGCCCUCGCCCUACAACGCCCUCAAUACUAUAUUGUUCAAUCCUCGUCCCUUCCUUCCAUACCCACCAACAUUGGCGAGCAUUUCGCUCUGCCAUCCUCGCUAUCUGAGAAGAUGCUCAUCCUCCCGCCCGCGCUCAAGCCGCUCAACCUCAUUCAUCUUAUUCAUAACCCAGAUUUCGGAGUAGACAAGGCGCUGGUGUUUGCCAAGAGUGUGGAGAGCGCGACGAGGCUCGUCAAGCUGUUGGAGUUCUUUGAGGAUGCGUAUGUCUUAGGAGGUGGUGGCGGCAAUAGGGUAGUGGCCAGGGAGUAUACUGGUGGUAUGAAAACGAAGGAGAAGAAGAAGCUGUUGGCGGAAUUUGCAGAGGGCAAGAUUGAUCUGAUUGUCUGCUCGGAUCUGAUCGCACGAGGUAUGGAUUUACCUACCGUAUCCCACGUUGUUUCGUAUGAUAUCCCUUUGGAUAUGAGAAAAUACGUGCAUCGUGUUGGACGUACGGCUCGAGCCGGGAGGGAAGGCACAGCCUGGUCGCUGGUUGAGAAACAGGAAGCGCUUCAUUUCAAGGGAAUGUUGCAGCAUGCUGGGCAUUUGAAGGAGGUGAAGAAGGUCAAAGUUAAGGAGGACGACCUCGCGGGUUACAAGGAGAGUUAUGAUAUUGCUUUGAAGCGACUCAAAGACUACUUUAGCAGGGAUCAUAGGGAUGCGUGA